AUGUCGGUCAUUUGGCAGUCUCUCGCACAGUCCGGCAUUCCAGUCCCAAAUUUUGAUGUGCCGACCUCCGAGCCCAUCCAUCCCGAGCAUCCCCACCAGAUGCCGGCCCGUGUAGAUCCCCAGACCUCUGAACCGCAUGUGCCAGACGAUAAUAUUGAAGCUGAAGAACAGCCUGAGCCUUAUUCGGUUUCUGAUGUGUCUGUCUUUGUGAAGGAUGGAAAGGUCGUUGAUACAUCAGAACGUGUAGAUCCACCUAGUUUGGCCACUAAAGUUGCUAGGGUUGUUGGGUCAGUUAAGGCUGGAGAACCUGCUGCUCCUGCCAACCUUGACACAGUCCAAGAGUUAGCAAAAGAAACUGGAUCUUCUGAGGAGCAAAUUCAAGCUCAAAAUGGCCUUGAUGAUGCCUUGAAAAGGCGACUGCAGAAGCUGAUUGACUCUAAUCGAGUCAUGCUUUUCAUGAAAGGAACCCCUGAGGAGCCCAAAUGUAGAUUUAGCAAAAUGGCUGUUAACAUUUUUAAGAAACAUAAGGUCGAAUUUGGAAGUUUCGAUCUUCUUACGGACAAUGAAGUCCUGGAGGGGAUACAGAAGUAUUCUAACUGGUCUCUAUUACCACAGAUUUACUUCCAAGGGAGAGCUCGUGGUUUCCGUCACAUAGGAACUUUAAUGAAGAGUUGCCCAAGUGAAAGCACAAGAAAAGAAUUUUUUUAUUAG